AUGGCUGCCGCCGCGUGCAGGGCGCACGGAGCGCUCGGGAGCGAACCGGCGAAGCCGCACAAAGAGCCCACGCGGAGGGGCAGGGACUCGCGCCGCAGGCAGGCGGCUCUCCUCUUCCUCAGCAACAUCUCCCUGGAUGGGCGGCCCACCCUGCAGCUCUCCGACGGACACGGUGGCGCCAGCCGGAGGGACGCGGCGGCAGCGGCGGCGGGCUUCCAGUCUAGCCUGGAGGUCCCUGCGGCGGGAAGCGGACUGUCCGCUGCCGGCAGCUACGGCACCUUCGGCGGCGGCGUGUGCAGUAGCAGCAGCGGCGGCAGCAGCGUGCCCCGGAUCGGGCUCGUGAGCGCGCCGCCCAUCCUGGUGCUGCCCACGGACUCCGGCUCCGCGGCGCUGCAGGAGCGCGCGAGGGGCUCCUUCUCAUCCCAGGGGAACCUGCUGUCCCCCGGCGGACAGACGCCGUGCGGACCGCGGAAGUCGCCCACGCUGCUGUCGGUGCAGAGCUGCAACUCCGUGAGCAUCGACUGCCAGCAAAGGUCGCGCACGCCCUCAGGAUCCCCGCGGUCGAGGGCGGUCAAGAAGGUGCACUUCAUCAAGAACAUGAGGCAGUACGACACGCGCGGGAGCAGGAUUGUGCUCAUAUGUGCCAAACGGUCUCUGUGUGCCGCCUUCUCGGUGCUGCCAUAUGGAGAGAGCUUCCACAUCAGUGACCCGCGGCUGGACGUGCCCAGACACAGACACUCCUCGACCACCACGCUGGAGAUGCUCCCGGGGCUGGAGGGCGUGGAGGUCGGGGCCUACGGCAAGACUGUGUCCUACGCCAGGUUCCUCUACCCAACCAACGCCUUGGUUAGACAGAGAUCUGCGCCAGUUGACAUCACCAUACAGAUGCCCCUCUCCAGAACCAGCCAGAAGAGCUACCCUCCGUCUAGGAUCAACAGUACAGUCGGCUUGGAUUUAGGUGUGGACGACGCGGCCGACUACGACCCCAACCUGCUGAGUGACCCCCAGUGGCCCUGCGGGAAGCACAAGAGGGUCCUUAUCUUCGCCUCUUACAUGACAACCGUUAUCGAGUACGUGAAGCCGUCGGAUCUGAAGAAGGACAUGAACGAGACCUUCAAGGAGAAGUUCCCGCACAUCAAGCUGACCUUGAGCAAGAUAAGAAGCCUGAAGCGAGAGAUGCGCUCAGUCAGCGAGGAGUGCGGUCUGCAGCCGGUUACCGUGGCGAUGGCCUUUGUCUACUUUGAGAAGCUGGUGCUCCAGGGGCGACUCAACAAACAAAACCGCAAGCUGGUGUCGGCCGCUUGCGUGCUGCUGGCCGCCAAGAUCAGCAGCGACCUCAAGAAGCAGGAGGUGAAGCAGCUCAUUGAUAAACUAGAGGAGCGUUUUCGCAUCAACCGGCGGGAGCUCAUCACCUUGGAGUUCACCGUGCUGGUGGCCCUGGAGAUGGCGCUCUACCUGCCCGAGAGCAAGGUCAUGCCACACUACCGACGGCUGGUGCAGCAGCCCUGAGCGAACGGGGACACGGGCGCGGUACAUCAUGGUACAGCACGGUACAGCGCGGCUGGAGGACAGCAGGCCCCCGAGUGGGUCACGCGUCCAUGUGUACCCUGCACUUUGAACCCUGAGCAUCCGAACAUGCCAGCAGCUUGUGUACAAUCAGUGGGAAUCUUCCUCCUCCUCCUCCUCUUCCUCCUCAUUCUCAAUGUUAUAUUAUUUUAAAAUAUUUUAUUUCAUUUUUGUACUGUUAACUGUUUUCUCUCUUUGGAAGUCACCUUUGUCGAUCGUGGGGGGUGUGAUACGCCGUGUGGAAACUGGCAGUCCAUCACACGUGAGCCUCGAGUCAGCGUACCAUCUCCCGCAGACCUUAUAAGCUCUCUUUGUGGAAAUGUUUACUUGUUUUUUUUCUUAUAAAAAAUAUAUUUCUGACAAGGGAAGAUUUUUUUUUUUUUUUUUUCCCCCCCCCUUCCGUUCACGAGAUUUUUAAAAAAUAUUAUUUCUUCCUAAAAUUCAUAAAGGGAUAUAACAAACACGUUUUGCGUAAUAGAAGUGUUUCAUUGCACUGCCUUUUUGUUUUACUGUACUUUUUUUUUUCUUGUUCGUAUCACCGUGAAAGAACAACCCGAUCUCGUCACGCACUCGUGUUUUUCCUCGUCGCGUUGUUAUUUAUUGCAUUAUUGCUUGUCGCUGUUGUUUUGAGCGGAGAACACCCCUGUGUUACUACUUCCGUGGUAGCUUUACCGUGUCCCGUUACCAUGUUUCGCGUGUGUUAUUUAUAUAUGCUAUCUGUUCUUCCAGUCCUUGCUCUGAGGGGGGAAAAGCACCAAGGCGCGAAGGGCACCAAGCAAAGAACUCUAUGUUAGAGGCUGCCUUCUCCAUUUAUAAGCACAUUUGUGUUGCUGGUGUGUUACGGUGUCCACUUGUCCUCUCCUCCCUUUCUCUGUCAAUGUGCCGCUCUGCUCCCCCUUUACUUGAAACCGUAACGGCUUCUCUUCUCCUUCCGGGUAACACUGUAUAUGAGCACAACUUAAUGUGAAUAUCUUACUGUGAUCAUCUGAUGAUGUAUUUUCUUAAUUAUUGAGGGGAAAAAGGGAUUUGUGUUAAAUCUGUGUACGGGGUGACGUGCAUCAGCUUGUUGGCAGCGGAGGAAAACGGGACGGAGGUCGGCCCGCCAACUGCAGCCUGGUUUUUCCUCUGUCUGGGGUUGCGACCCUGCGACGGAUGCGGCUCUUCCGUCGCGCGCUGCCCGUAAAGCCAGCUGCGGUGCGUUUCCGCCGUGCGUCUCGUCUCGUGUCGUGUCGUGGCAUCACAAGCGUCGCCGUCUGUCGUCGUGUUUGCACACGCUCUGUAGAGCUGUGAAAGAUGGGGUCGUGUUGUGUUUUUUUUUUUUUUUUUUCCUUCCUAAACGGACACGAUUCCAUGAGAAAAACCCUUUCGCUGUCACUUAGCUGUGUUUUGAAAGCAUGUCGAUAAUAACAACGUUGCACUAUUGGCGGGCACAGCCAGCGCCGCCUUAUGGCGACAACCUGCAAUAAUCAGUGUGAGUACUUGUAGUUGGGCAGUAAGAGGAAAGUUGAGUGUGUCUGAGGCCCAUCCUCUUUGCGUUCCCUCAGGAAGCGUUUGCAGCCAGUGCAGUCUGCUUUCUCACACUUUAUCACAGUAUACCGGCUCUUUCUUCUUCUUCUCCCCCCUCCCCCCCACUUUAUUAUCAUUCCAGAGCUGGUGUCUCAUUAUGAAGCUCAGUAGGUUCUGGCACAUGCGAGAGCUGGUUGGAGUUGGAUCGCUGUGGGAGAUGUGACUAAACAGCAUCAUGAGCAAGAGCACAACCUGAUAUGUGAGGAUACCGAGGAUGCUCGGUAUCAGGCGGCUUUUACUUUACAUGAUGCGUGUUGUUGGCUCGCCAUUGGUCAUUUAGCAGUGUUUACCCAGCGCUCUUUCUUUCCUUAACCUUUUUUUUUUUUUUUUAUUUAAUGAAAAGGUUUCCUGUUAAAACACUAAGUUGUGAAAAUGUAAAUGAGAGCUUCUCGGUGGUUUAGAUGAAAGCUGCAUUGCAUCUUGGGAAGGAUCCUGAAAGAGUCCCAAGGACUCCGGCUGUGGGAUUUUCUUAUGGUUUUUUUUUUUUUUCCCCCAAAACACAGUUUGCAAAAGUUCUCCAUUUAGUCUUUUUUUUAAUUAAAUAAGUAUUAAUGGCAUGCUGCCGUUAAACACAGAGUGCAUUACGCUACAAAGUGCCUGAAACCUUACCUUUUCAGUAAGACCUCUGUCUUGAUUUACCUUUUCAAGCAGAUAUCUGUCUUUAUAGAACUCCAGUUUUGUUUUGUUUGUUGGCGCUGAACUGGUGGGAUGUGGUUUGAUUCGAUUCGUUUGCCACACUGUGACUUCCUACGACCAAAGCUUUUGACAUCCCGGUACCCGACGUGCUUCCGCUGGACCUGUCAGGGGGAAAUUGGGCAGAGGUCCGACCGGUCUGCGAUGUAGCAUCGAUUCCGUUAUGGGUUGCAAACAACACAUUGUGAUAAAUCCUCCCUUUUGAGGUUAAGCAAGCAAUCAUGUCUCAGUUAUGCAAAUGUUGUGUGAAAAGAGUCUGAGUUUCUGAGGAGAAAUCCUGAAUACAUCCUGAAAUGGUGUAGCUAAUUAAUUGGCUCUUGCCACUUUUUCGUGUUUAUAUCGUUGUUUCUGUCUGCUGUGCUUUAGUAGAAAAAUUACCUCAUGCAUUUUAUGAUCCACCACAACGUCUGCAUUUCUGUAAAUAAAAACAUACAGUUUUCAUCAUUGUAUAAUUCCGAAUGAAGUUUAGAAGGGAAAAAAUAAAUAUAUUUUCUGACUGUUA